AUGGCCUCAGCUUCUUCCACCUUCAAGUUCCUGUCACUGCUAGUAGCCUUAUUUGCCGUUGUCGAAACCACAAUGGGUGGAGACCCGGAUAUUGUUUCUGAUUUUCUAGUCCCUCUAAAUGUAACCAAAGUUGAUGGAGCAUUCUUCACAUUCACUGGCAUGCGUGCCCUUGUUGGUGGACCAGAACCUGCAGAUUUUAAGGUCUUGAAAGCAAGUGCAGCUGAAUUCCCUGCUCUUAUCGGCCAAAGUGUUUCUUAUGCAACCCUUCAAUUCCCGGCCGGCACAACCAAUCCACCUCACACUCAUCCUCGCUCAGCUGAGCUCCUUUUCCUUGUUGAUGGUUCUCUUCAAGUAGGAUUCGUUGACACUACCAACAAGCUCUUCACCCAGACUCUACAGCCUGGUGACAUGUUCAUAUUCCCUAAGGGGCUUGUCCACUUCCAAUACAAUGCUGAUACUCAAAAUUCAGCUUUGGCGAUAUCUGCUUUCGGAAGUGCUAGUGCAGGAACUGUGUCACUUCCUACCACCCUUUUCGCCACCGGCAUAGACGAUAACAUCUUGGCUAAGGCCUUCAAGACUGAUGUUGCCACCAUUCAAGCUCUCAAGGCUGGUCUUGCACCUAAGCCUUAG